UCGAAACCCAUCCAUUUCCCUAUCCCCCCGCCUUCCAAGCCUUCAGUCGCCCCGCAUGUCCACCCCUUGACGGAAAAGCAGUUGACCAUGUACCAAACCGUUUAUGAUCAUUUUGCCAUGCCUGACUACAAAAUUUCGGGACUUGAAGAGAAUGCUGAGCUCAUGGAGGAAGAGAAGUUUUGGAUGUCACAUGAAUGUAUUUUGAGGUACCUUCGCGCGUCCAAAUGGAAGACUGAAGCUGCGAUUCAUCGAAUAGAAGAUACUUUAAAAUGGAGACGCAGCUAUGGUCUCUAUACAACUUUGACCUCAGAUCGUGUAGAACCAGAAGCUUCAACGGGGAAACAAGUCAUCUUUGGCUUCACGGUUGAUGGAAAACCUGGCUACUACAUGUUUCCCAGUCGGCAAAAUACUGAGGAAUCUCCACGCCAAAUUGAAUUCGUCGUAUGGAUUCUUGAACGCUGUAUAGACAUGAUGCCGUCCGGUGUAGAAACCGUUGCCCUCUUUAUCAACUUUGCCGACAAAGCCAAGAAUCCUUCUUUAGGCACAGCAAGACAAUUCCUGAAUGUCCUCCAGAACCACUAUCCAGAACGUCUUGGCGUGGCGCUCAUCAUCAAUGUUCCAUUCUUAGUCAACGCCUUCUUCAAGCUCGUUUCUCCCUUCAUUGAUCCUAUCACGAGAGAAAAGAUGAAAUUCAACCCCGACGUCGUCAAAGAUGGCAUCGUCGCCGCAGACAAUGUUAUGAAAACCCAUUGGGGAGGUGAUUGCGACUUUGUCUACGAGCAUGAGAAGUAUUGGCCCGCUAUAGACGCUAUGUGCAAGGAAAGAAAGAAGAGAUUUCUGGAAAAGUGGCGACAAUUGGGUGGGACCGUUGGUAUAAAGGAGACUGAUUACAAG